CUUCUUUUAGGUAAGAGGCCAGUUUCCCAUGAUUGGGUUUAUGGUUUGUACACCCCUACAUCGGCGGAGUUGCGCUUACCCGUGUAGUAGCUGCGGCUCGCCGAGACAGUGCGGAUAGAGUGGAGGAUCGUGUAAAAGUGGAGGUACCCCAUUACUGAGACACAGGAGCAGAUGUGACACCCGUCGCCUUGUUUAUCAUCACAACCCGUCCGGAAAACUAAAUGCUUAAGUCUUAAGACGAGGUACUUCUUUGAAGGACCACGCUGCCAGCCAGAGGAGCAGUCGGCUCCACCAUGACCGCGCUGCAGCGGGACUCCGCGCCAUCCAGGCCCCGCCGCCUGCUGCUGCCCUCGCCCCCACUCCUGCUGCUGCUGCUCUUCCUCUCCUCCCCCUUGGCGCGCUCCCAGAAGCCCCUGCUCUCCUCACCUCCCUCGCUCACGCCAGCCACUCAGCCCCCCGAGGAGUGUGCCAGGCAAGAACAUCCCGUCGUUCCCUUCCAAGUGCUCAACCCCUGGCUCUCCAUCUUUUCCCACCCCACUGUGAGGGACUUCUCCCAGCUGGCCCUGGACCUCACCAGGAACCAGCUGAUCGUGGGAGCCAGGAAUUACCUCUUCAGAUUAACUCUAAGCAACAUUUCUCUGAUCCAGGCAACAGAAUGGGGCCCAGACGAAGACACCAGGAGGUCCUGUCAGAGUAAAGGAAAGACGGAGGUGGAGUGCCAGAACUACAUCCGGGUCCUGCUCAUCAACGGGAAGCGGGUGUUCACCUGUGGCACCAACGCGUUCCUGCCCGUCUGCACCAUGCGACAGGUGGGUAACCUGAGCCGCGUGCUGGAUCGGGUCAAUGGCGUUGCACGCUGCCCCUAUGACCCGCGCCACAAUUCCACAGCCGUGGUGACGGAGAGGGGCGAGCUGUAUGCGGCCACCGUCAUCGACUUCUCGGGCCGGGAUCCCGUCAUCUACCGCAGCCUUGGCAGCAUGCCGCCCCUGCGCACGGCGCAGUACAACUCCAAGUGGCUUAACGAGCCACACUUCAUCUCGGCCUACGACGUGGGCCUCUUCACCUACUUCUUCCUGCGGGAGAACGCCGUGGAGCACGAUUGCGGGAAGACGGUGUACUCACGAGUGGCACGCGUCUGCAAGAACGACAUCGGAGGCCGCUUCCUGCUGGAGGACACUUGGACCACCUUCAUGAAGGCGCGCCUCAACUGCUCCCGCUCCGGAGAGAUUCCCUUCUACUAUCACGAGCUGCAGAGCACCUUCUACCUACCCGAACAGGACCUCAUCUUCGGCAUCUUCACCACGAAUGUAAACAGCAUCGCGGCCUCGGCUGUCUGUGCCUUCAACCUGAGCGCCAUCACCCAAGCCUUCAACGGGCCAUUCCGCACCCAGGAGAACCCACGCUCCACCUGGCAGGCCACGCCCAACCCCAUCCCUAAUUUCCAGUGUGGCACCAUCAAUGACAGCGGUCCCAAUGAGAACCUGACAGAGCGCAGCCUGCAGGACGCACAGCGCCUCUUCCUCAUGAACGACGUGGUGCAGCCUGUCUCCGUGGACCCCUUGGUGGUCCAGGACAGCGUGCGCUUCUCCAAGCUGGUGGUGGACAUUGUGCAGGGCCGAGACACCCUCUACCAUGUCAUGUACAUCGGCACAGAGUAUGGCACCAUCCUGAAGGCCCUCUCCACAGCCAAUCACAGCUUGCAUGGCUGCUACCUGGAGGAGAUGCAGCUCCUGCCUGCCGACACACGGGAGCCCAUCCUGAGCCUGCAGAUCUUGCACAGCGACAGGUCAUUGUUUGUAGGCCUGAACAACAGAGUGCUGAAAAUCCCUCUGGAGAGAUGCUCCACCUACAGGACGGAGCGGCUGUGCCUUGAAGCGCGGGACCCUUACUGUGGCUGGGACCGGAAGCAGCGGCGCUGUACCACCAUUGAAGACAGCUCCAACAUGAGCCAGUGGAGCCAGAACAUCACCGAAUGUCCAGUGAGAAACCUAACUGUCAAUGGUGGCUUUGGGCCCUGGGCUCCAUGGCAACCCUGCAGCCAUGACGACGGGGACAGCAGCAGCUCCUGCCUGUGCCGCCUGCGGCCGUGUGACAGCCCCACCCCCCGCUGCGGGGGUCGCAACUGCGAGGGCCCCACCAUGGAGGUGUCCAACUGCUCCAGGAACGGAGGCUGGACCCCCUGGUCGUCCUGGGGCCACUGCAGCACCAGCUGUGGAAUUGGGUUCGAAGUGCGACAGCGAUCCUGCAACAAUCCCUCACCCAGACAUGGGGGUCGGGUCUGCGUGGGACAGAGCCGAGAGGAGAGGCUGUGCAACGAGAAGGUCUCCUGCCCGCUACCCGUCCUCUGGUCCAGCUGGGGCUCCUGGACUAAGUGCAGCACUGAGUGUGGAGGCGGCGUCCACUCCCGCGUCAGGAACUGCGAGAACGGAAAUGGCUGCCCCGGAUGUGCGCUGGAGUACAAGAUCUGCAACCUUGAAGCGUGCCCAGAGGUGCGUCGCAACACGCCAUGGACCCCCUGGAUGCCCGUCAAUGUGACACAGGGUGGCGCCCGCCAGGAGCAGAGGCUCCGCUACAGCUGCCGCGCGCAGCUGGCCGACCCCCACGAGCUGCAGCUGGGCAGACGCAAGGUGGAGACGCGCUUCUGUCCCAACGACGGCUCCUCCGCCUGCGAGACCGACACUCUCGUGGAGGACCUGCUGAAGACGGGCCGACCCGUGGUGCGAGUAGCUGGCACUGGCUGGACGCCGUGGGAGACGUGGUCUGCCUGUUCGCGGGACUGUGCCACUGGAUUCCGAACCCGCAAGCGCAGCUGUGCCACACCUGAGGGCAAGAGCGCCCCCACGGUGUGCAGCGGCUCUGCCGUGGAGUACCAGGAAUGCAACCCCCAGGCCUGCCCAGUUAAGGGCGCCUGGUCCUGCUGGUCCCCCUGGUCACAGUGCUCAGUCACUUGUGGUGGGGGACACUACCAGCGAACACGCAGCUGCAGCAGCCCCGCCCCUUCAGAUGGAGGCGACAUCUGUAUCGGCCUGCACACGGAGGAGGCGCUGUGCAACACGCAGCCCUGUGAGGGUGGCUGGAUGGCCUGGUCGGCCUGGGGCCCCUGUGAGGACACCGGGCUGCAAGUGCGCAGCCGCACUUGUCAGGAGCCCAGUGGGAGCCCCGAACCUGGAUUAGGCCCAUGUCCAGGAAACAGCACCGAGAGCCGAGAGUGCCAGCUCAACGAGAUCCCAGUGAUCCUUCCUGCGUCCAGCUUUGACAAGAACCUGCACUGUGGGGCAUUCACACUCAUCCACCUGAUUGCCACCGGCGUCUCCUGCUUCCUGGGUGCUGGCCUGCUGAGCUUUUUGGUAUAUGUUUACUGCCAGAGGUUCCACAAGCCGUCACAGGAGUCGGCCGUCAUCCAUCCCACCACGCCCAACCACCUCAACUACAAGGGCAACACCACGCCAAAGAACGAGAAGUAUACCCCCAUGGAGUUCAAGGUAACCCAAACCAAUACCCUAACCCUAAUGCCCAUGGACUUCAAGGUAUCCCAAACCAAUACCCUAACCCUAAUGCCCAUGGAGUUCAAGACACUGAACAAGAACAACCUUCUCCCGGAUGAGAGGACCAACUACUUCCCCUCGCCGCUUCAGCAGACUAACGUUUAUACCACCACUUACUAUCCCGCCACCAUCAACAAGUACGACUACCGGCCAGACUCGUCCCCACCCCCCUGCAGGACCUACACACACAGCUGAGGACCGUCCCCAAACGGUGACGCGGCUGGCCUGGCCAGACCGCCAUCCGCUGGGGAACCGGGAAGCUCCGACCUUACAGCUCUCCAUCUCUUCCUCAUGUUAUAUUACGCUUAAUGGACGUGGCAGAGUUAAGAGGGCGGUACUAAAGAGACGCAAGGACUAAAUAAGCACAGGGAACAGAGCCGGACUGCUUCGGACAUGCGAGAGGGGCAUCUGUCUCAUUGGUGUGUUUAAGUGUCCUUGAAGGCGAAACAUUUUGGGAUGUUUUUGCACAAACUUAUUAGUGUUCAGUCUGGUUUUCCUGCACCUAUAAGGGGUGGGGGGGGGCGAUCUGGAACAGAGAAGAUAACCCAUCAGGGAAGGAUGAUCCAAGCAUGUACUGGAACCCCAGCUGCAGUGUGAGACUUCUAACAGACACAGAACAAAGUCACUGUAAUGAACUGGAAGGGCAAGGUGACCGAGCGCAUACCCUGAAGACUGUCUCACUGGAAACGGGACAAUUUCCCUCUCCUCUUGGAGUUUAUGCUAUAUGUACUGACCUGCUCUCAAAAACACUGUCAAAAAUAUCACUCCUUCAAAGAAAGCUUUUGAGGAAAUUAGCAAACAUGUCUGCUUAGCCUGUUUUAUUUGCUUCCUACAGUUACUAUUCUGAAAAUGUCUAUUCAAACAUUGGACCAAAUUGGGUUCCGCAGUGAAAUAAUGUCAAUGGAAUGCAUUGUGGCGUGUGAGGGUGUCAGGUGUGUGUGUGAGAUGGACCAGGGGUGACUGAUUGCGGCAGCAUGUUGUCGCAGGCUGAGUCCUGCUGCCUCCUUCAGAUGCUCUUCUGGAUAGUUUCUGCAGUAACUGCACGCCUGCUUAAAUCAUAAGGCCUGAAGGUAGGGUGCGGGAGUCGUCUUUAUCCAGUGCCACAUGUGUGUGUGUUGCGCCUCGCUCUGGACUUGGGGCUGCAGCUGAGACUGUAUCGGAGAUGAAAUCGUCUUUCUCAUCACCGCUUACUCGUCCUUUUCAGCACCUUAUCGGCUGGAAGAUGAACGACCGAGUUUAAUUUGCAAAUGGAGCCUUGGCUACAUCAACGUGUACAACCGCCAUCAACCCCCCCCCCCCCUCCAGGCUGGCCUCUCUUGCUGAAGCCUAGUAGCUUUGGCUUUCUAGCUACGCGAUCAGGGUUCAAAGCCUGUUUGAACUUCUCUGUAUGUGCGUUCAUUUGCCGAGGGGGAGGGGCUUCUAGGUCCCCUGUUUUCACAUGUUCAAGUAAACGCACCGGGCCAUGUAACCUGUAUAAAGCAUCCAGCCAGUGGAAGCUGGUGUCCAGUAAUCAAACAUUUCGUGAGCUGCCUUGAUGGUCAGGAUGUGAGGAACACUUUCAAAAUGACCUUCAUCAUGCCUGUUCCUGUUCAGCUAAAUGCGAUGGCCCCGUCUGUACAUAGGAGGCGCUAUAACCUGAAGUCUGUAUCAUGUAAAUGUAUAUUGUAUAGCUAACACUGUUUUUAAAAGCCUUAUAGUUGUAAAAAGUGCAGAAGGUGUGUAAAUGCCAACACAGAGAUUGGGGGAUGGAGCCUGCAUAAUCCCCUGCUGGGUGGCGUGACACAUGCUGGCCUCCUGCUUCUGGCUGGGCCUCGGCGCCCCCUGUGGCGGCAGGUAGUAAUCGCCCAUUUAAUUCCUCCGUUGCCUCAGCAUUUAAUAAUCUCACUAGGGCUUUAUUGUAGUCGCCCAGUCGCACGGUUCCAUUUGUAAUCGGCUGUAGGAUUGUCCUCUGUGGAAAAAAAAUUGGAAGAUUGGAAAAUGUACCUUCGAUUCGAUUUAGCGUUUAGAUUUUGUUUGCAUUUUCUUGAGGACCUGUGUAAGUAGCCCACCAUGCACAUGAUCCACCUUAAAAAAGUGUUCACGUUGAUUAUGAUUGGCCAGUCCCACUAUGUGAUCAUUUACGAUUAGACGCCCUCAACCUGUGAGUAUUUGUGUUGCCUGAGCUCCAUCCCGAAGGCUUGGUGCCCUUCUAUGCAACUGACCUGUUGGUACUGUUGGAUAUCGACUGUAAUCACUGCCUUUUAGACACUGUGAAUUUUUGGUACUCUCUAUUUUUGUAUAUUGUACAUUGUAAAAAAUAAUAAAGCAGCUGGCCGAGGCCGCGGCCACCGCCCCCUGUCUCAUUGA